ACAACUCUACAAGAUAUGGAAUCUUAUUACGACAUUUUAAAAACUUCACGAGCUCAUUUAAAAGCAGAUGGGAAACCUAAAACCUCAAAGUUUCAUAAAUGGACGAAUGUUGUAAAACCUCUAUACGAUAGAAUGAAAAAUGAGGAAAAGCAAUUAAACGAAGAAAUAGAUAAAAUUAAUAACUCAAGAAAUCCUCGAUUAAGUUUAGCACAAAUUACCGAUCAUUUAUCUAGAUCUAACGCUAAACCAAACAGUUCUAUGACUACAGAUCCAAAGAAUGAAAAAAUGUUUAAUUUUACUGCAACCCCAAAGGUUAAGAGAGGUUCUGGUUUAUAUAAAGAUGUAAUACCUCAAACACAAUUAGUUUAUUAUGACGAUCCGAAUGAACUAGUAACUAGAUUAAAUCUUCUAACAUCAUCACAAAAUGUUGGUAAUACUGGUGUCAAUAAUGAAAUUAUAUCAAUUUUAGAAGAAUUACGCGAGAGAAAUAUUAUAGUAUAAUGACAAUCUUAACCAGUUUAGCUGAGGAGUUACAUGGACCAGCGAGAAAAAUAUUUCCUAGACGAAGCGUAGUAACACGGUUUAAAGAUGAUCU